CUUAUUACUCAUCACCACACCCUCAUCCGUCGCUCAUCUUCUCCGCUUCCCUCCUGCCCUCUUCCCCUUCGUCUCGUCCCCGCUCGCCGCCCCCCUUCCAUGCCCAUCGAAACAACGACCAUCGGCGGCCCCGCCGGCCUGUCCGUCCUCCGACUCAUCAACGGCCUCUGGCACCUCGCAGACGGCCACGGUCGCCCUGUUGACGCGAACGCCGCGGCGGCGGCGGCGCGGGGGUACGUCGACGCGGGGCUCGGCGCGUUCGACUGUGCGGAUCAUUACGGUCCCGCCGAGGAAAUCGUAGGCGCUGCGCGCACCCCCGGCCUGACCGCUUUCACCAAAUGGUGCCCAGCGCCCGGCGUGACUGGCGCCGCUGCGUGUGCUGAGGCUGUCGAGCGUGCUUGUGCACGCAUGCGCACGGACGCCAUUGAUCUGCUUCAGUAUCAUGUGUGGCGGUACGACGACGUCAAGUACAUCGACAACCUGCAUCAUCUGUCCCUCCUCCAGGAGGCAGGGAAGAUCAAACACCUCGGCCUCACCAAUGUCGACCUUCGGCAUCUGCGCAUGCUGCACAGCUCGGGAUUCCGCAUCGCGUCGAACGAAGUGUCGGUAAGCGUAUUGGACACACGCGCGCGGCGCAUGGGCGAGUGGGCAGAGCAGCACGGCGUCGCCCUCCUCGCGUAUGGCACGCUUCUCGGCGGCUUCAUCUCGGACAAGUGGUUGGGCAAGCCGGAGCCCAGGGAGGAAGAGCUCACGAACUGGGGGUUGAAGAAGUACAAGCGCUUCAUUGAUGUUGCGGGCGGCUGGGCACCAUUUCAGGCGCUGCUCCAGGCGCUCACCAAAAUUGCGGCCAAGCACACUGUGCCCAUCUCGGCCGUGGCAAUUCGGUAUGCGCUGCAGCAGCCGGGUGUGGCGGCCGUGGUGAUCGGCGCACGCCUCGACGCCAGCAACAUCGACGCGAACAAGGUGGUCUUCACAUUUGUCCUCGACGCGGAGGACCUCGCCGCAAUUCUGGCUGCGCAGGACGCUCUUACCCCUCUUCCCGGGGACUGCGGCGACGAGUACCGGUACCCUCCUUUCCUCACGGCGUCUGGGGAUCUGAGCCACCACUUGGCGGACGAUGAGCGCGCCCAGCGCGAAGAGGUAGAACGCGUCGCUGCCGCGGACGGCCGCAUAGAAGUAUCUUCAGGAUCCCCGUACGAGCCCAUCGCUGGAUAUUGUCGCGGCGUACGUACAGGCGACACGUUUGCGAUAGCAGGUACGACGACGCGCGCGCUGCCGUCUGGGCACGGGCUCGUAGGCGUCAGUGCGGCCGAGCAGGCGACGCACGCGUUCGACAUUAUCGCGGGCGCGGUGCGCGCCCUCGGCGCCUCCAUGGCGGACGUGACGCGCACACGCGUCCUCCUCUCCUCGGUCGAGGGGUGGGAGGACGUGGUGCGCGUACACGGCGCCGUGUUUGGGCCGACGGGCGCGCGGCCCGUCAACACGACUGUGGGCGGGACGACGUUUAUCGGCGAAGGCAUCCUCAUCGAGAUCGAGGCCGAGGGGCGUGUCACUUCUGGCCCACGCCUACUCUUGUAAUUGCCAGUGACAGUGCCACAGGCUACUGGGUGCAGUUUCUUGUUUCCGUCUGGUCGGGGAAGCUGAAAGCUGGAAAUUGGAUUCAGGGUCAGGCCCCGCCCAACCGUG